ACAAGACUUCUCAAGGCAAUCAUUAACUUGAGCCAAUGUGGAAUCCUAUGAAUACAUGGAUAAACUCUGCAAUUAUGGUUCAAUUGAUGCCCUAUAUCCAUAGCUCUAGGUAAAUCAGUAAAGUAAAUCUUGCAAAGAAGUAAGAUAUUACCAAACCAAAAAUUAGUAGUGGACCGAUUGGAUAAAUCAAGUGUCUAUAGAUUCUUAUAUGAAUCUAAACACUUCAUCUGACUAAAGAUUUCCUCCUAAUAAUCGAUUACAUUUUAUUGUGCCCAACAGGCACCAUUGUAAACUAUUAAAUUACUGCUGCGAUCUGAGAAUGGAAUCCUUAAAACGCCAGCCGCUUGAGAGAAAGCCCUUUAAAGUUUCUAGUAGCAAACAAAAUAAUCAGGAGGGUGGUAAAGAAGAAAUGGGUAGCAUCGAGGAAGAGGUCGGAAGCCACUGCAAAACUCAGGACUCCAUUUCUUCUCUUUUAUCUGGGAAUGGAAGGCAGAGUAUUCCUUCGUGUGGAUUGAAAAGAAGUGUAAGUGGACUUAGCCAGAUCUCUGCUGACCCAAGCAACGAAAGCAGUGUUUAUGGAGGAGGUCUGCGAGAAAAGGGGCUCAUCCUCGCACUACACCGGUCGAUGUCAGAGAUAGCAGUAUUCCCGAGGGAGCACCUGUUUGACAAGGCCUUGACGCCCAGCGAUGUGGGGAAGCUGAACCGGCUGGUAAUACCUAAACACCAUGCCCAGCGAUGUUUCCCUCUCGAAGAUGCCCAGGCAGAAAAUGGCAUCAUGUUAAAUUUUGAAGACAGUACCACAGGCAAACAUGGAGAUUCAAAUAUUCAUACUGGAGUAGCAGCAAGAGCUACGUGCUCACUAAGGGCUGGAGACGGUUCAUCAGGGACAAGCACAUCAACACUGGGGAUAUCGUGAUCUUCCACCGGAGUACUGGUGGUUCUCGGCAACUGUACAUUAGUUUUUGCCAAAAGACCUGCAAUUUCCUUCCCAACAAACAAUCAGGUCUUGGUGAUUUUCAUCCUCCUCUCCUUACAUACAGCCAGUUGAAUCGUGUAUUGUACUUGCCCCGAUCAAUUGAGAAUACAUCCAGAGUGUUUAAUUCUUUCAUCCCAUGGUUAAUCCCUGUCCCACCCAAUUGUUCAUCUGCUUAUGACUAUUUUAGUCUCUCUUCAAUGAAAAACUCAGAGUCUGAAAAGAGUGUCUCGUGGCCGCUUGAUCAUCCAAAUCUGCCAAGGAAAAUUUUAUCUUCGCCUGGAUCACCUUAUCCUUCACGGGUUAUGGUGUUUGGAGUAAAUCUAAGCUCACUAUCUUCAUCCACAUCGAAUGCUCUUCCAUUGGGCACAGCUGACAAGAAAAGAGUAUAAUAAUACUGUUGAAGCGAUCCAAAAGUUUAAGGUCGAAUGUGAAGGCAGCAUAGGGAAGUUCGUAGUGCCCUAAAACACUGUAAGUACCUUCUGGAAAACAUAUACGGAUUUGUGACUGAAUUUACUAUUUUUAUAAUAAAAUUAUAGAACACUUUGUCACUGUAAUUGUAAAUAUGUUAUCAAAAUAAUCAAAUAGUACU